CCUCACUGCACAAUACCAUCAAUUGAUAGAGACAUCAAACUAUUCUAAUGAAUUUCCAGCGGGUAUUUCAGCUUGGUCUUCGUCGAGUUGGGGCACCUGGCUUAAGGGUGCAGCUUACGGGCUAUCUAGUCCAGCGGAGACUCAUAUCACAAGACCAAGCGGCCAGAAUAAUCGCUGAACAACGUAUACGACGUCCCGUUUCACCCAACUUAUCUAUCUACAAGCCACAAAUCAAUUCAGUUACCUCGACCCUACAACGUAUCACAGGUCUUACUCUGUCCGGUUCCCUCUAUCUCUUCGGAACCGCUUACCUUGUCGCACUUUAUACUGGAUGGCACAUGGACACUACAUCCAUGGUUGCAGCAGUCGCUGCGUGGCCCACUGCUAUCAAGAUGAGUGUGAAGGCUUUCCUUGCAUUUCCAUUCUUCUUUCACGGUUUCAAUGGACUAAGAUAUUUGAUAUGGGAUGCUGGUGUUGGGUUCAAGAGUCAAUAUGUUAUUAGAACAGGCUGGACAGUUAUUGGGAUGACUGUUGUUGCAUCGCUUUACUACGCUUUCAUGACGUAGACAAGUGGGACUUAGAGGAGAUAUGGGGAUCAGAGCAGAUGGGGAAAGAGGAGACUAGGUGCUUCACUCCGAGGAUGAGCUGUCGUAUUGAACAUUGUGCACCGAGAAAGUAUCAGCAAACAAGCACGUUAGAUGAUGGCAAAAUCAA